AUGGAUAUUGCGUAUGUAGAUAUUAGUUCGUCGGAUGAUGAGUUGGAAAUAUUAGAUUCUGGGAAAAUUCUUCCAAGCUGGGCUGCUUUUGAAAGGAAUCCAGGUAGGCGAUUUGACAGAGGCAAUGAUGGAGGUCGUUUCAUGAAUCAGAACGGCGGGACUAGAGCUCUUGGAAAGGCAAUAACUCCACCAUUUGCUAGUUCUAGUGAAUCAGCGUACCGUUCUGGAAUAGGGGAUGAAAGGGCUCCUGAAACUGACGAGAGACUACUUUAUGAAGCAGCAUUACAGGAGAUCAAUCAACCAUUAAAAGAAGUCGAUUUACCUGCUGGUAUAAUGGCCGUCCCUCUUAUGAGACAUCAGAAAAUUGCAUUGACUUGGAUGCUUCAGAGGGAAAAAAGGAGUACUUUGCAUUGCUUGGGGGGGAUUUUGGCUGACGAUAAGGGUCUUGGAAAGACAAUUUCAACGAUUGCUCUCAUCCUAAUGCAAAGGCAAUUACAGAUAAAAUGGAAAACAGAUGAUACAUGCAACCAUAAAGCUGAAGCCUUGAAUUUGGAUGAUGAUAAUGGUAAUAUUGAUGUGGAAAAGCUUAAAAAUGAUGAAGAAUCCAAUGAUACAAAACCUAUUAUUGAACCGAAUAGUUCAACACGGGCCCCAAGUAGGAAAAUGCCUUCUGCUGGUACAUUGGUUGUCUGCCCUGCAAGUGUUCUUCGGCAGUGGGCCAGAGAGCUUGAAGAGAAAGUUGGAGAUGAAAAGCUUUCUGUUUUGAUCUUUCACGGGGGCGGUAGGACAAAGGAUCCUGUUGAACUUGCAAAAUAUGACGUGGUUCUCACUACAUACUCACUUGUGACUAAUGAAGUUCCCAAGCAACCUUUAGUUGAGGAUGAUGAUAUUGAUGAAAAAGAUCGCGAAAAUUUUGGCUUAUCCUCUGAUUUUUGUGUCAAAAAAAAGAGGAAAAGGGGAAUAGAUGGUUCUUCUUUCGAUAAUGCUUCUGGCGCUCUUGCAAAAGUAGGUUGGUUUAGGGUUAUUCUAGAUGAAGCUCAAACAAUAAAGAAUCAUAGGACUCAGAUGGCCAGAGCUUGCUCCAGCCUUAGGGCCAAAAGAAGGUGGUGCUUGUCUGGCACGCCUAUUCAGAAUACUAUUGAUGAUUUAUAUAGCUACUUUAGGUUUCUGAAGUAUGAUCCUUAUGCUGUGUAUAAAUCAUUCUACUAUACAAUAAAAGUCCCAAUAUCCAGAAAUCCAAUUCAAGGUUACAAAAAACUUCAAAUAGUUCUGAGGACUAUAAUGCUACGUCGAACAAAAGGAACUUUGCUUGAUGGCAAGCCGAUAAUUACUUUACCUCCUAAAACAAUUAAUUUGAGUAAGGUGGAUUUCUCGUGUGAAGAGCGGGCCUUCUACAAGAAGUUGGAAGCUGAUUCACGUUCUCAAUUUAAGGCAUAUGCGGCUGCUGGCACAGUGAAUCAAAACUAUGCAAAUAUUCUUUUAAUGCUUUUACGUCUCCGUCAGGCUUGUGAUCACCCACUUCUUGUUAAAGAAUACAACUCUGAUCCUGUUGGAAAAGAUUCUGUCGAAAUGGCAAAAAGGCUUCCAAAAGAGAUGUUGAUAAAUCUGUUUAAUUGUCUGGAAACAACUGCUGCUAUAUGUUGUGUCUGCAAUGAUCCACCCGGCGACGCUGUUAUUUCCAUGUGUGGCCAUGUCUUCUGUUAUCAAUGUGUAUCAGAACAUUUGACAGGUGACGAUAAUAUGUGCCCUGCAAAUCAUUGUAAAGAACAAAUUGGCAAAGAUCUUGUUUUCUCCAAAGCAACUUUAAGGAGUUGCAUCUCUGACGAUCUUAGUGGCAGUAGUUCUGGAAGUGCGAGCCUUGUUGAUUAUUCAAUAGUACAAAAUAGUGAUUACAGCUCAUCUAAAAUCAAAGCCGUCCUUGAAGUUCUUCAGUCAAGUUGCAGAUUGAAGGCUAAUUCUAGCAACAGAUAUUCACCGCCUUCUGAUGGUUCAGAUAUUGAAGAUUUUGAUUCAGAUGUCAAAGUUACAAAAGUCACAAGAAAUUAUUCAGAGUGCACAACUGGUGGACCGCUAAAGGCUAUAGUUUUUUCUCAAUGGACUACCAUGUUGGACUUAGUUGAGACAUCAAUGCAACAGUCUGGCAUAAAAUACAGGAGACUUGAUGGUAGGAUGACUCUGACUGCGAGGGAUAGAGCUGUUAAGGAUUUCAAUACAGAUUCUGAGAUUACUGUUAUGCUGAUGUCUCUAAAAGCAGGAAAUCUUGGUUUGAAUAUGGUUGCUGCAUGUCAUGUUAUUCUUUUGGAUCUUUGGUGGAAUCCAACUACUGAAGAUCAAGCUAUUGAUCUAGCUCAUAGAAUUGGACAGACUCGUCCCGUUACUGUGACACGGAUCACCAUAAAAGAUACAGUUGAAGAUAGAAUACUGGCUCUUCAGGAUGAAAAAAGGAAAAUGGUGGAAUCUGCUUUUUGUGAAGACCAUGCUGGCGGUUCUGGAACUCGGCUUACAUUUGACGAUCUUAAAUAUCUUUUCAUGGUAUAG